AUGAAAAGCUUCGUGUUUGCAUUAUUUCUAUUCUCGUCAACAGUCUCCGCUUGUACGUCCUGGCCGAAUAACACGGAUACACAAUUUAAUUGGUGGCAAUGUGCUACUGGCGGAAUGAGCUUCUUCAAUGUUACUCCAUAUGAUGCGAGCGCAAAGAAAUACGAAUAUCCGAUUCAUUUGGGUCAUCCUUUAUUACUUGAGACUGAAGCUUACAUGCCCGAGAAGUAUGAUCGACCAAACUUGAAACUGACCGUUAGCGUUUUCACAUGGAAUACCAACUCAUGUGCCUGGUCAUCUUUACCAACUUUUGGUCUUUUGAAAGAAAUGAAUGCAUGUGACAAUGGUAUCUCCUGCCCAGUACCAGCUGGAUCUCAUUCAUUUAACAUUGAGUUGGACUUCUCAAAGCAUGAGACAAUUAUAAACAUGCUCAAAGACGAUUCUCCUUAUCAGCUUCAGUUUGUCUUUGAUAAUGCCCGAACAAAAAACAUUGGAUGCUUGUUGACUCAAGCUCGAGCUCGAAUUCAUUGA